GUCAGUGGGAGACUUUUUGAGGGUAACUGGCGGGUCCAGAGCAGGUUUCAGACAGAUCUUACACCACCACUUGAAGGUGCCUUUUUAUCAACAGAGUUUGAUAAGGACGUCUACAUUACUCAGUUAGUACAGCGACUGGAGAGUCUGCACAUGUCUGCGGUAGUGAACACACAACAGGUAUCGAUGUUUCUUCUGCAUAUGAAGUUACUUGAGCUGCCACUGUAACUGAGUAUUAUAUGAAGAGUUCAGAUGCAAAACCAGCUAAAUGUCAUCUCGGUCAAAAAUGAGUUAAUGAUACUGAGUGAAUGCUCCUGACACAUAGUAUACGUCCUUCGAAUAUUUUUACUUCAAACUUGCUAAAUUCCAGCCUCAGCCCAAUCAGAAAUACCAGUACUUACAUAGAAACCUAUACAAAGUAGCCAGAAAGAAAUGCUCAUUUUAAAGAAAAACACUGGAUUUAGGAUUUAGAGGCUUUUGCAUCUGAACUCUUAUAUAUACAGUUGAAGUCAAAAGUUUACAGAAUCUACAAAAUGUUAAUUAUUUUAACAAAACAAGAGGAAUCAUAGAAAUUGAAUGUUUUUUUUAUUUAGUACUGACAUGAAUAAGAUAUUUCACAUAAAAGACAUUUACAUAUAGUCCACAAGAGAAAAAUAACACUGUUCAAAAGUUUACAUACGCUUGAUUCUUAAUACUAUGUUGUUACCAGAAUGAUCUACAGCUGAGUUUUUUUGUUUAGUGAUAGUUGUUCAUGAGUCCCUUGUUUGUCCUGAACAGUUAAAAACAGUUUCUGUUCUUCAGAAAAAUCCUUCAGGUCCCACAAAUUCUUUGGUUCUUCAGCAUUUUUUGUGUAUUGGAACCCCUUCCAUCAACGACUAUGAUUUUGAGAUCCAUUUUUUCCAUUCAUAUGCAACUAUUACAGAAGGUUAAAAGGCUCACUGAUGCUUCAGAAGGAAACACGACCGGGGGUAAAAACUUUUUGAAUUUGAAGAUCAGGGUAUCUUUGGUAGGCAGCAUUUCUAAUGGCUGUACGGCACAAGAACCAACCACCUGUUGCAGCCAAACAAAAUCAUCCCAAGUCUCAAAGCAACAUCAUAAAACCCAGUUAAGGAUGCUGUCACACAGAUGGCAGAGGCUUGGUCUUCAGCCUCCAAUCCUCUGGGACACACAAGAACACAAACCUGAGGUAAAAACCAGACCAGAACUGGAAAUCCACCCCAUACAGGUCAGCCGCAUUGUUUCUCCAAAAGAUGAGAUCAAGAAAAUCAGUAAUUCCUUUUGUAGCAGAUCCAAUAUUGAACCUCUUGGAGGAAAUGCUACUGAACCUUCAGUCGAAUCUGAAAACAGUGACCUCUCUGAUCAAGAGAAAGACAAUAAUCCAAUACUAAAAUGGGAAACUCCUGUAGAAUUGGACCUGAGGCCAGACUCAUUUGAUAGAGAUCUCGAACCUACAGAGACUGGAGAGCAAGUGUAUCCCGAGGUUCUUCCAUUUCCACUCAAAGAUCUCGACUUUAGUCAGUUGCAGUGCACAGCGGAUGAUUCGGAGAGCCAGCACGACCCUUGUCUCACCGCUAUGGCUGCACGCUUGAUAAAGCUGGAGAAACUUCAGACUGCGACUAUACAGAAAGAACAAGGAAAAGCAGUCAGAUCUCGUCCGGCAACUGCUUUGGUUCGAAGCACCAAUCGUCUGAGACGUAUAGAAAGCCCUUGCUCUCAGGUAGAACUCUUGAGGACUAAAAGCAAUUCAGUUUUAGAUGUAACAAAACUCACCCUUUCUUCAAGCUCUCAUUCAAAGUCUACGCAUCGCAAUCGCCCCUCGCAAAAUGAGAAGGUGUUAAUUGGAUUUCAGCAACCGUCAGCUUUACCUAAGAAACCACACUCUGGUGUGGUCAGAUUAAAGACUGCUAAAGCCCUUGUUCAAGAUCUUGUUCAUUUGAACAGUAGUCCAAAGAGAUGCAAACCCACAAAGAAAGCCAUGAUAAAGCCUCAGAAGACUUCUUCUGAAAAGACUAAUGUUCCCGCUAAAGCUUUUUGCAGGAAAACAUGAUAUAAUUAUUUUUAAGGGUUUUAAGCUUGGGGUUUGACAGUGUGUUAUUACCUGUGUGCAUGUUACUGUAUUUAAUGUUGCAAAUUCAAUACAAGUCGAGGUACAUCAACAACAUUUGUGGCAUGCUGUCAGUUACCACAAAAAAAAACAUCUUACACGGUAACCCAAAACAUUUCUUUAGAAGCUCUUUGUUUUAUUUGUGGGCUUUUGU